UUGCCUACAGUUCCCAUGAUGCAUUGCAAUCGGAACAGGAAGAAAACCCGUCCACAAUCAGCUGACUAUUUUACUGAUAGUUUAAAGCUAGUUGAUUAGCCUGAGAAAAUUGUUUUAGUAUUUUUUGUUUUGCGUCGUCACACUUUAGUGAGUAGUCAGUUAUGUUACGACCGAAGGCUUUAACGCAGGUUCUCAGCCAAGCGAACACAAACGGAGUCCAAAGCACUUUGUUGCUGAAUAAUGAAGGUUCACUUCUGGCUUACUCUGGAUAUGGGGACACAGAUGCACGUGUGACAGCUGCCAUCGCUAGCAACAUCUGGGCAGCCUACGAUAAGAACGGCCACCAAGCCUUCAAUGAAGACAAACUCAAAUUCAUACUCAUGGAUUGUAUGGAGGGAAGAGUGGCCAUUACUCGUGUUGCCAACCUGCUGCUGUGUAUGUACGCCAAAGAGACAGUGGGCUUUGGAAUGCUAAAAGCAAAGGCAGAGGCGCUGGUGGAGUACCUGGAGGAACCAUUAACCCAAGUGGCCGCAUCAUAGUGGACAUGUUGAUCAAGCUCAGCCUGUCGCUUCAUAUGAUUAAUGGACUAGUGUAACAUUCUGGUUUUCACAAAGUGCAUAAUGCACAGAUAUAUCUAUAAGUGAGUGAGUGAAUGUUUGUGUGCUGUGGAGGGCUGGUGGGUAAGUGUACAUAUAAUCAUUAAUAAUACUAGUAUUGAAACUAAGGGCUUCUAUGGAUUUUUGACUCUUUGCCCUUGCUUGUGAAUCUCUUCAUCUAAUGGUCUGUUCUGGGAGUCCACAUAAUUUGUCAGUAGCACAUUUGGAUGUACGUCUGCUGAACUGAUUCCAUUAUCGGCUGUUCCUGUGGUCGGUUCAUUCAUUUCUAGUUUUACUUCAGGCAUGUCAAUUACAGUUACACAGAAAAUUGAAUAUUUUGAACUCUGACUAAAAUGACAGAAGGUGUAUGGAAACUUUCAAAGGAAUUUCUGUCCCAUGAAGUAAAGAUUACUAGAUAUUUCAAAGCUAUCAAAUAAACACAUUUUGGAUUAAUAUUUAA